UGUCUGCAAUACGAACAACCUCACACUAUUCUUUCUAUUUUUGUUCUGGCACCACUACUAUUUAAAACUCACUAACCAUCAUGCUCGCUUCCUCGUCACCUACUUCAUUUUUUCGGACUGUACGCAAGUCUUUCCGAAGGUACCAAUUUCAGUGUUCUUUCAAUUAUUUCUUUGGUUUUUUAAUGCAGAAAAGCUGCAAUAGGACUUAAAGUUAACCCAAAGUGGUUUUUGGACAUAAACUUCAAUGUAAAGCUCGUUUCCUCCGGCUUAUUUACGUUAGAUGCUUUCCCAAUUAGCUAUGAGAAAAGCUAGACAACUCAUUUUGGGUACGAAGACUUUGAGCUCACUUCAGUUAUACCUGAGUUCGAGAAGUAGUUAAAGAUUUUUAGGAUUUGUCUUUUAUUUCACUAUCAGUAAUAACUUGUGAAAGUUUCUUAAAGUUUAAACAUCUAGAACAUUCUAAGGUUAGUUAGUUAUUCAGUAUUUUAUUUUUUCGACAAAACCCUCACUAGUGAUAGCCCACUUAAAGUCGAUAUUGAAUUAAUGCUACUUAACUAUAGCAAAAAACUUGCAACUUUACGAAAUAGUUUAAAAAACUACAUUAAUUGUUUUUAUCAACUCUUCUAUAGACACCAACCAACACCAAUUACACAAACCCUGCAAUUAAAUGGAAUUUUCCGAAAAACAUGUAAAUUUUUGACACAUAGUUUUCCAAUUUAAUUCUAGGUGUGCAAAAAAAGCUAAUCAUUUUAAUCACACUUUUCAAUUUUCCAGACACCGAAGUGUACGAAAACGAGGAAUGGCUCACACAAGCUCAGGCAUCAAUUUAGAGGAUGCAAUUGAAAAAAUCCCAAUGCGAGCCAGAUCACAGAGUUGGUUGAUUCGGACGCGGCAUCUUCUCCAUGAAGAACGGGAACCACCGCCGCUUAUCUCCCAUAUGAUGCUCAUUUUCUCCUUCCUGCUCAUUCUUCUCUCAUUCCCUUGGUGUCUAUUCUUUUGUGUAAAAGUAGUCAAAGAGUAUCAAAGAGCCGUCAUCUUCCGGCUGGGUAGGCUUAUUAAAGGAGGAACAAAGGGUCCCGGACUCUUUUUUGUGUUGCCAUGUAUUGACACAAUGAAGAUAGUGGAUCUACGAGUGCUCUCGUUCGAUGUUCCUCCUCAAGAAAUUUUGAGUCGAGAUUCUGUCACAGUAUCUGUGGAAGCUGUCAUUUACUUUCGAGUGUCAAAUCCAGUUAUUUCCGUGACCAAUGUGAAUGAUGCUCAGUUCAGUACUCGGCUCUUAGCACAAACCACGUUGAGAAAUGUUCUUGGUACAAAAACUCUCAGUGAAAUGCUCAGCGAGCGUGAUGCGAUUGCAAGUAUCUCUGAAAAAGUGUUGGACGAAGGAACAGAUCCAUGGGGUGUCAAAGUGGAACGAGUCGAAAUAAAAGAUAUUCGACUUCCUCAUCAACUUAUGAGAAGUAUGGCGGCCGAAGCCGAAGCUGUCAGAAGAGCACGUGCAGCUAUUAUUGCCGCUCAAGGAGAGAAGGAUGCGAGCGAAAGCCUUCAAACUGCUGCGGAUACCAUUGCACAAAACAAGAUGACAAUUCAAUUGAGAUAUUUGCAAACGUUGACUAAAAUUUCAGCGCAAAGAAACAACACAAUAGUGAUGCCAUAUCCGAUAGAAGUUGCAAAACAUUACAUGAAGAAAUUCCAUCAAAAGAGCUGACCAAUGCUUCUGUAUAUUUGAUCAGUUGGACCGGUAAUUAUGCUACCUUGUCAUCAUCAAUCCAUCCAGUUUUUACACGUUUUUUGUCAUUCUUAAGUUUAAUGAGUAACUUUAUUGUAUUAUGAACACUUUUUAACUGUAUAAAAAAUUAUUUGGGAUU